AUGGCAAAUUGGCCUGACGUCCCUACCAAGCCCGCUGAGGGCAUCUCUUACUUCACCCCGGCUCAAGCACCCCCCGCCGGCACAGCCCGAAACCCGCAGACUAGUGGGAGGCCGAUUCCCAAGCUCUUCCAGCCUCUCACAGUCAGAGGGUUGACAUUCCAGAACCGUCUAGGGCUGGCGCCUAUGUGUCAAUACAGUGCUGACGAUGGCCACAUGACGCCGUGGCACUUGACCCACUACGGUGGCAUUGCUCAACGUGGACCUGGUUUGAUGAUCAUUGAAGCAACUGCCGUUGUUCCUGAAGGUCGUAUCACGCCAGGCUGCGUGGGGUUGUGGAAGGACUCCCAGAUUGCACCUAUCAAGCAGGUCAUUGAGUUUGCACACAGCCAAGGCCAGAAAAUCGGCAUUCAGCUGGCACAUGCUGGGCGCAAAGCCUCCACGGUGGCACCUUGGCUCGGUGGAGCUACUGCCACCAAUGCUGUUGGUGGCUGGGUUGACAAUGUGAAGGGCCCCAGCGCCAUCCCAUUCGCACCAGACAACAUUAUCCCUAAGGCGAUGACCAAGGAAGAUAUCCAGGAGCUUAAGGACGCUUGGGUUGCGGCAACCAAGCGCGCUUUGGCUGCGGGGGCUGAUUUCAUUGAAAUUCACAAUGCCCACGGAUAUUUGCUCUCAUCCUUCCUCAGUCCUUCGGCCAACAAGCGGACCGACGAAUACGGUGGCAGCUUUGAGAAUCGUAUUCGUCUGUCCUUGGAUAUCGCCAAAUUGACCAGGGACACUGUCGGCCCCAAUGUCCCGGUCUUCCUCCGUGUUUCUGCCACAGACUGGCUGGAAACCAGCAUGCCCGAGGAGAAGGGGUGGAAGGUCGACGAUACAGUCAGAUUUGCAGAGGCCCUGGCCGAACAAGGCUGUAUCGACUUGAUCGAUAUUAGCAGCGGUGGUGUACACAGUGCUCAGAAAGUGAAGUCAGGUGCUGCCUUCCAGAUUCCUUUUGCGGCAGCUGUAAAGAAGGCUGUUGCUGAUAAAGUGCUGGUUGCUGCUGUGGGCAUGAUCAACAACGGUACCUUGGCUGACCAGAUUCUCAACGAAAAUGAUAUCGACGUUAUUCUUGUCGGACGGGCUUUCCAGCGUGAUACCGGUCUUGCUUGGCACUUCGCUAAAGAUCUCGAUGUUGAAAUUUCCAUGGCUGCUCAAAUCCGCUGGGGGUUCACCAGUUUCCGGAAUGCCUCGGAAUACAUCCAGCCCAAUUCUAUGAAGGCAUCAAUUUUCGAAUGA